AUGUCAUUUGAAUAUCAAACCCUUGAUCAAACACUUGCACUCAAACUUAAAGUCACCACUUUAUUAGAUCAAGAGAUUGUUGGGUUUAUUUAUACAUUUUCAUCCUCCAAUGAAGUACUAGUCUUAAUAACUAGUGGCACAGAUCAAGCAAAGCAAGACUCGAGAGCAUCCUCAUCAUCAGCGUCCUCAUCCUCAUCAUCAGCAUCAACACCACCACCACCAACAAAUCAAACAAAUCGAUACCGCAUCAUCAACACGUCGUUCAUUAAAAGCAUACAAGUUUUAAACAGAAAGAUAAUACCUAGACCCAACAAGAGUAACAGACUCGUGUUUGAGCCAAUCAAUAUCGACGAUUUGAAUCAAUUUCUACAAGAACAGAUUCAAAUUUACAAAGCCUCUUCAGUCGACAUCACCACCAACUCGACAAAGGGAGCAGCAUUGCAUUCAAGUUCAUCGCAACCGCAUAAGAGCAUACCAUUGGCACAAGCAGCCCAGCAACAAGUGCAUGCACAACAACAAACUCCACCAGCACAACAACACCAGCACCAGCAUCGCCAUCAGCAUAACCAGAAAUCGAUUGCUUCUCAACUACAUGACAAGUUGCUGACCUGGUUUGGUAGCGAAAAUGUCAUCUAUGGAAAUCAAAAACAUACUGAAUUGAUCAUUCACAACGACAUUAAAUUGAUGAAACCAUUCACGAAUACGCAAAAGAAUGUGCAAGUGUUGAAUAAACAAACCAAGCAUUUACCUGCUUUGACUCGAGCAUUGAAACAAUUCUGGGAUGGUAUAGAUACUGAAAAGAAAGGUGGGUAA